AGACUCUCCCAGCAUUUAUUAAGGGCUCUCGCCUCCUGCCUCUCAGAGUCCGCGCUCCUUCUCCGCUCCCUGGAGAGCCUCUGGCCUCGUUCCUACCGCCGGUUGUGGCAAGAGCUUCGUCUCUCUCCGGCAAUGCAUCUCCCUGCGAUUCUGUUUUGUGUUCUCUGGUCUGUAGUGUCGGCCGAGAACUCGGACGAUUAUGAGCUCAUGUAUGUGAACUUGGACAACGAAAUAGACAAUGGACUCCAUCCCACCGAGGACCCCACGCCGUGCGACUGCCGCCGGGAGGACUCCGAGUGGGACAAGCUCUUCACCAUGCUGGAGAACUCGCAGAUGCGGGAGGGCAUGCUGCUGCAGGCCACUGACGACGUGCUGCGCGGCGAGCUGCAGAGGCUGCGGGAGGAGCUGGGCCGGCUGGCCGGCCGCCUGGCGGGGCCGUGCGCGCCCGCGGCCCCCGCGGAGGCCGGGCUGGCCCGCGCGCUGGCCGAGCUGCAGCAGGAGAGCCGGGACGCGGGCCGGCGGCUGGCGCGCCUGGAGGGCGCGGCGCUCGAGGAGCUGCGGCAGACGCGCGCCGACCUGCGCGCCCUGCAGGCCGGGGCGGCCCCGCGCUGGCUGCCCGCAGGUUGUGAAACAGCGGUUUUGUUCCCAAUGCGUUCCAAGAAGAUUUUUGGAAGCGUGCAUCCGGCGAGACCACUGAGGCUUGAGUCUUUUAGUGCCUGCAUUUGGGUCAAAGCCACAGACGUAUUAAACAAAACCAUCCUGUUUUCCUAUGGCACAAAGAGGAAUCCAUAUGAGAUCCAGCUGUACCUCAGCUCCCAGUCCAUAGUGUUUGUGGUGGGUGGAGAGGAGAGCAAGCUGGUCGCUGAUACUGUGGUUUCCCUGGGGAGGUGGACCCAUCUGUGCAGCACCUGGAAUUCAGAGAAAGGGCGCACGUCCUUGUGGGUAGACGGUGAACUGGUGGCUUCCACUGUCGAGAUGGCCACAGGUCAUGUUGUCCCCGAGGGAGGAAUCCUGCAGAUCGGCCAAGAAAAGAACGGCUGCUGUGUGGGUGGUGGCUUUGAUGAAACAUUAGCCUUUUCUGGAAGACUCACAGGCUUCAAUAUCUGGGAUCAUGUUCUCAGCAAUGAAGAGAUAAGGGAGACCGGAGGAGCAGAGUCUUGUCACAUCCGGGGAAAUGUUGUUGGGUGGGGAGUCACAGAGAUUCAGCCACACGGAGGAGCUCAGUAUGUUUCAUAAGUGUUGUAAAACUCUGCUUGAAGCCAAAGAAGGAAACUCACAUUUUCAACAUAUGCCAGUUGGGAAGGUUUAAGAAACCUCAGUGUGUAUUAAGAAUGCUUGAGACUAAUGAAGGAGAGAGUUAAGAUCCAUUUUUAUUUGUCUUGGAAAAACAUUGAAUACACAGUUGAGGGGAAGACGCUGGAGAAGCCUUUUGGGGAUAUUGUUACUAGACCUUAUGCCAUGGUGCUUUCAGAUGAAUGCUGUGUCUUUGUCAGAUAAACUCUCAAAUAAUUAAAAAGGACUCUAUUGUUGAACAGAAGGACAAUUGUUUUACUUUUCUCUGGUUAUUUUUGUUUUGGCCAGAGAUAAAUUUUACAUUGGAAGAAUAAUAAAAUAACAUUUGUCGUCCAUUGUUCAUUGUUACUGGUAUGUACCUUAUUACAAAAAAAUGAGGAUAAAACAUAUUUAUACUACAAUCUGACUUAACAAAUACAAAUGUAGUUUAUAUGUUAUAAUCGAAUGUCACUUUUUUGAGAAGAUAGUUAUAUAAGUUAUAUUGUAAAAUGGUUUUGUAUUAAUUUUAUUAAGACUAUUUUUGUAAAGCUCUACUGUAAAUAAAAUAUUUUCUAAAACUA